AACCAAUGGUAAAUUCAUCAGCUCUGAUUCCUUAACGAAUACUCCCUUCAAGCGUGCCAAAACCAAGGAAUGCGUAGAGUAAGGCUGGAUUUCUAUUUCUGGUGGAAUAUCGUGGUCGUAUCUUUACUCUUAAUUUUCUUCUAUCUUUUUCUUUUCUAUCUAUAGAAAAUGUAUUCAUGUGAUGCUUGUGACUAUUCAACACAGUACAAGGGGGAUUUAAAGAAGCAUAUCAUGUUUCAUGAAGGAAUUAAGAAGUAUAUAUGUGAUAACUGUGGUUUUAAAUUUACUACUUCAAGUGAUCUCAAACGCCACAUGAGAACUCAUGAAAAUGUGAAAGAUUUUAUCUGUUCAUUUCGAAGUUGUGGAUUUUCUACGAGUCGAAUAGAAAACCUUGUUAACCAUGAAUCUACACACACUAGUCUAGAAGCAAGGCUUACCCAUCCCUGUCAUCUAUGCACAAAAUACUUCUCUAGUCGAAGUAUUCUGAACAGACACAUGAAAACCUGCUCAAAACCAAUGAACCCCAUUCUCCCUAAAGAAGCUGUGAACACAAAAUGUGAAAUCUGUGAUAAAGUAUUUUCAAAUAUUUACAAAUUACGCCAACACCAGAAAAACCACAGCAAGGAACUAGAUUUUGUUUGUGAAACCUGUGGAAAAUCCUUUGGAACAAAUGAAUCUUUACUGAAACAUAAACCAUUGCACUUGGAUAAAAAGUUUUCUUGUGAUCUCUGUGAAAAAGCAUUUGCUCGAGCUGAUUACUUGUUAAAACACAGAAAAACUCACUUAAAGGUUAAGUCGAGAGAAGAAUUUGGCUGGAGCAGUGCAUCCCAUGAAAUUCAGAUAAAUGCGGAGGGCUGUGAUCUGGGUGACAAGGAGCUAGUAUUUAUUCCUAACUAUUCACAUGAAGUUGUUAUCGCUCAGGUUGAGGAGAACACUGAACAAGAAGAAUCAGAAGACCAAGAAGAACAAAUCUACUAUUUAAUUAUUUAAAUCUUUAACUAAAAAUCUGUAGUCGUAAAAUUUAAUUUCAGAA